AUGGUACUUUGGCUGAAAGAGCAAGACAAACUCCCCGACAUCGACAUGUCCUCCGGGGCAAUUGAGAUGAAGAAGGAGGGAGGCCCGCUGACGCCGGCCUUCCUCAACUCCAACGGCUCCGUUCAUCCGGUUAUUAUGACCGAGGACCCCGAGGAGGUGAGACAGGAGACAGCAGGGGGCGAGUGUGAGCUCGCCGAGGUCACCUCUUUCACGGACGGAGCCGGCGACCCCGGGGAGGACGACCGCUCCGAGAUUGUGGCCAUAGACUGCCGCGCCAAUGCCAAAGGCCAGCGGGAAGAGGACGCGCUGCUGGAAAACGCCAGCCAGAGCAACGAGAGCGAUGACACCAGCACCAACCAGAGCCCGGAACCACCGGCGACACUGAAGGAGACCUCCUUCUCCAUCGGCCUGCAGGUGGUCUUCCCCUUCCUGCUGGCCGGCUUUGGGACAGUUGCAGCAGGAAUGGUGCUAGAUAUCGUCCAGCACUGGACAGUGUUUACGGAGGUGACAGAGGUGUUCAUCCUUGUUCCAGCGCUGCUGGGGCUCAAAGGCAACCUUGAGAUGACGCUGGCCUCUCGACUUUCCACAGCGGCUAAUAUUGGACAGAUGGACACAGCCAAGGACAUGUGGAAGAUGAUCAUGGGGAACUUGGCGCUCAUCCAGGUCCAGGCUACCGUGGUGGGUUUCCUGGCGUCCAUCGCUGCUGUAAUCUUUGGCUGGAUCCCAGAGGGCCACUUCAGGCUGGGUCACGCCGUGCUGCUCUGUGCCUCCAGUGUGGCUACGGCAUUCAUAGCCUCUCUGCUGCUAGGGCUCAUCAUGAUUGGCGUUAUCGUUGCAUCACGGAAGGUGGGCAUCAACCCUGACAAUGUGGCCACGCCGAUCGCUGCCAGCCUCGGAGACCUCAUCACCCUUUCUCUGCUGGCUGGCAUCUCAACAGGGCUGUACAAGGAACUAGAAUACAAUGGCUAUGCCAACCCACUGGUGUGUGCGGUGUUUGUGGCUAUGUGCCCCUUGUGGGUGCUAAUAGCCAGGAAAAACCCCUCCACCAAAGAGGUUCUCUACUCAGGCUGGGAGCCUGUCAUCAUUGCCAUGGCCAUCAGCAGUGUUGGCGGUUUGAUCCUUGACAAGACUGUCUCUAACCCAAACUAUGCUGGCAUGGCUGUCUUUACUCCGGUCAUCAAUGGGGUGGGAGGUAACCUGGUUGCGGUUCAAGCUAGUAGAAUCUCUACCUAUCUGCACAUGCAUGGCCUUCCAAUGGGGGACCCAAACCCCACCCCCAGGAAGUGUCCCACACCCUGCACCUCAUUCUUUGGCUCCACUGUGAACUCUCGUUCUGCCCGGGUGCUCUUCCUCCUGGUAGCUCCAGGACACCUGGUCUUCCUCUACACCAUCAGCUCCAUGAGAGGAGGACACACCACGCUGACGUCCAUCUUCAUAGCCUUCUACAUGGCUGCUGCACUUCUGCAGGUGAUGAUCCUGCUCUACCUAGCUGACUGGAUGGUGCAUUGGAUGUGGGGUCGGGGAAUGGACCCAGACAACUUCUCCAUCCCUUACCUUACUGCUCUGGGGGACCUGCUGGGAACAGGAUUCCUGGCUCUCUGCUUCCACAUCCUCUGGCUCAUCGGGGACAGAGAUACUGAUGUGGGAGACUGAGCAUGCACGUGCACAUGCGCUCACACAGCAUACACAUUCAAUUACAAAUACACGCACAUGUGCGUGCAUGCGCGUGCGCGCGCGCACACACACACACACACUCACACACACUAGCAAAACCCCUUCGGUUUAACUCAGCAUUACCUGAAAAUGAACGAUAUAAAUAAGGGCUAAUCUCAAAGUGACACGUUCUACCCUUUCUCAUAGAGCCCUGCUUGAUGGUAGUACAUUUGAAUCCUCGGGACACUGAAACAUCGCCACAACAUCUUGAUAUAUGAACAAUAUCUUUAUUCCAACACAGGAGCAUUUGAACAAGCAUAACGGUAACCUCAACCACUCUACUGUCAAACUCGGCAACCAGAAAAAACAGAGCCCCUAUCCACCCUACAGACUACACUGCUCCUUCCAUAUUUCAGUAAAUAACAGAGUCCUACUAGUUUUGUUAUGAUAUUAUUAUUUUGACAGUGAUUAUUAUUGUUGGUAAUACCACGUUUGAUACAAAAUCAAUACCUGAUCUAUUCAUAGGGCCAGUCCCCAUUAUUAUUAAUGGGAAAGUUAGCCCACUGUAAUGGCCUUGUUUGUAAAGAUGAGAUAAACGUUUAACUCCUGAGGGGGGGAAAAAAAAAACAAAUGGACAGACUGCAAAAAAAAAGAAGAAAAAC